AUGAAAAUAAAUUUUCCCAAGUCGAAGGAUGGCAAUUCUAAAAUAAAGAAUUCCAAAAAACAUAAGUUGUCUGACAUAUAUAUAUGGAUUGCAAAAACAGAUCUUGAUUCUUCAGAGCCGAACGAAAAAGACAGUAUAAGUAAAAAAAAAAUCGAAUUAUUCGAAAAUUGUUCGUUCCAUAAGGAAGGUGAAACGAGUAAAAAUGGAAAAGAAGUAACUGAAGAUAAACUAAAUGAUAAUUAUGAGAAUGAAAGUAUAACCCCACAAGAACUUACAGAGGAAGAUAAGGAAUACGUAACAUCAACAGUAGAUAAACAAAACUCUAGAAUUAAAAAGAAAAAGAAAUUUAAAGCAAAUGCAAGAAAUAGUUUUGCUGAAGAAACUAAAAAAAUAAUUAAAAAGAAAUAUAUUGAAAAGGAAAAAAGUAAAACAGAAAAAGAUACACAGAAAAAAAAAGAAAUUCUUAAAAAAUCGAAGGAUGGCAAGCUAAGAAACAUGCAUGUAAAAUUGGUUGGAAAUAAAAAUGACAAUAAUGUGAAUUCUGUACAGGAAGAAGAGGAAGAGAAAGGGGAAGAAGUUGAAGAAGUAGAUGAAGAAGUAGACGAAGAAGCAGAAGAUGAAGAGGUGGAUGAAGCAGAUGAAGAUGAAGAGGUGGAUGAAGAAGAUGAAGAUGAAGAGGUGGAUGAAGAAGAUGAAGAUGAAGAGGUGGAUGAAGAAAAAGAAGUAGAUGAAGGGGUGGAUGAAGAAAAAGAAGUAGAUGAAGACGAGGAGGAACAAGUAGACGAAAACGAAGAAGAAGAGGUAGAAAUAGAGGUAGAAGAAUGCGUGGAAGAUGAUGAAGAGGAGGAAGUAGAACAAGAAGACGAAGGGGGAGAAGCAGUAGUAGAAGAAGUAGAAGAAGAAGCAGAGGAGGAAGAAGAGGAAGAAAUAGAGAAAAAAGUGGACAAAGAAGUAGACGAAGAAGUAGGAGAGGAUGACGGAGAUGAAGAAAAAGGGAAAGAAAGUGAAGAAGACAAAGCUGUUAAAUAUUUUGUAGAAAAAAAGUAUGGAAAUGGAGAAGAAGAAGAGGAUGAACAUGAGAAAAAGGGUAUUAGAAAAUUUGUUGAAAUGAAAGAGUGCUCAGUACAAGGAAAUGAUGAUAACGAAAAAUCCGGUAAUGAUGACGAUAGUAUAGUAUAUGGCGAAGGAAAUUUUGACAAGGGAACGGAUCAAAGCAGCGUGAAUAAAAAUCAAAAGAGCGACAACGAGAGUGGGGUUAGUGAAUGCAGUGAUAUUAAAAAAAAUGAUCGCUUGUUUGCAUCAAUGAAUGAUUACAAUUCACCCAAUAAAAUGUUCAACGAACACGUAGGAAAAUUAAACAUUUUUGGAAACGUAAAUAUAGAUGUAGAGAAGCUAAGAAAAAGCUUAAAUAAAAAUAAAAGUGUUAUUGAUGAAAAGAAGGUGAAAAUGACAGAAUCGGAAAACCCAUUUGAGAACGAAGAGGUGUUAUACUCGGAGAGCAGCAUAAAAAUUAGCAAAUUUAUAAAGAAGAACGAAAAAUAUGACUGGGCAGGUUACUUACCAGUAAAAAUACAAAUAAUGAAAAACACAGAAAAUAAGAAAUUCAGGAUUUUAUGUUUUCAAAAGGGGAGUGGUAGAUUAUUUUUAAACACAGAUAUUUUUGAAGGGUUCAAAAUUAUACCAUCAAAAAGUAUGUCUGCCUUGUUUAGUGGAAGGGACAUAUGCGACGAGAAAAAACUAAAUCAGUACAUUGUAACAUUUAUGAGUAGCACCUCAAGGGACGAGUUUGUUAAGAAGAUAAACAGUAUUACAGAAAAAAAUUAA